AGAAAAGUUCCCUUGCCCUAGGGGUAAUUAGUGUCCUUGGAGUUAAAUAAGCUAAUACUUAGACACCUCUGGCACAAGCAAUUAUGUUUGUGUAUUGAAUAAUUGAUUCAAAGAGGGGGGAAGGGCUGCUAAUCAGAUCUGAGCAUAAUGAAUUGAUUUAAUUAACAGGGGAAUCCGAGGGUCUCUGGGAACUGCGCGCAUUUAUUCAGUAGCGGCAGCGGCGAGCGCGGCACAUAAAUUGGGAGAGAGAGGCAGCGUGAGUAUGCUUUUAGCAGUUGUCAGAUUUGCAAUUGGAUUUGUUUGAAUAUAGUUGCUGUUUCGGAGCAAAUGAGAGCGAGGAAAGAGAAUAUUAACAGCGAGGAGAGCUCCAGUCUUUCAGCCUGAGCUUGUGAUCCGGCCGUGUGCGCACAGUUAAAGACAGGGCGACAGUAGAUUUACAUCGCUUUUCAUUGUUUUGCUUUAUUAUUUAUUCGCAUGGAACUGAUCAAAACCGACCAAUGUUGUUUUAGCAGUAUUUAUUUGCAUCGUAGUUUAGUCCGGAUCGGGGUUUUUCGCCGCGUAUACAUCUCCCGUGUUCCGCAGAUGAAUUAUUAUUGAUAGAAGGGGGAAACGUACACACGGCUAUUCAUCUUUCCAGGUUUUUUUUUUUUUUUUCGGUUUAUCGAGCCGUACUAAGUGUAGUCAGCCGCGCGUUUCAAAGCCAUUUCUAGGAGAAGCCCUGAGAAAGACCGAGCGGUGCAGCCUGCUGGAGCCGAGGACGGAUCGCCCGGGGAAGGACUCCUCGUUCCUCAGGACGAUGGUGUUGGACAAGGAAGAGGGUGUGCCGAUGCUCUCCGUCCAGCCCAAAGGGAAACAGAAGGGGUGUGCUGGCUGCAAUCGCAAGAUUAAAGACCGCUACCUGCUCAAGGCCCUGGAUAAAUACUGGCAUGAGGACUGUCUCAAAUGUGCCUGCUGUGACUGCCGCCUGGGGGAGGUGGGCUCCACCCUCUACACGAAAGCCAACCUCAUCCUCUGUCGCAGGGACUACCUGAGGCUCUUUGGUACAACGGGGAACUGUGCAGCCUGCAGUAAACUGAUCCCAGCCUUUGAAAUGGUGAUGAGAGCCAGAGAUAAUGUUUACCAUUUGGACUGUUUUGCCUGUCAGCUUUGUAACCAGAGGUUUUGUGUCGGGGACAAGUUUUUCCUAAAAAACAACAUGAUUUUGUGUCAAAUGGACUAUGAGGAGGGCCAGCUGAAUGGGAGCUUUGAGACACAGGUUCAAUAGUUGGACCAGGUGGCAGCAACAAUCGGCUCCACACUUACACACAAGAUGGAUGUUCUGCUGCACUUGGAAAGAGACAAGCGUCUGUCUGCUUGCCUGCAAUACUUUUUAAGACCCCUUUAUCAGUCCCUAAGGACUUUAUUGUAAAUGUACUACUUUUUGCCCCUCCCACACCCCAACACUGAGCAGUUACAAGUUUUGAUGUACAGUUGUGCCUGCUUAGCUGAGCACUGUAUUGCUUGUAUGUUUUGUGAAAUUUGUUUCAGGUUUGUUUUAUUUUUCUUUUCCUUUUGGAAAUGGUUCCUUGGAGGGUAUGUACAGUCUGUUUUCUCUGUAUAUAUAAACUGGAACAUUUAUUUUAUGAAAUGUAAUGCAAUUUUAUUACUAGUGUGAAUUAAAGAUUCUUAAAUGUU